GACAUCGUUGUAGAGAACACUAAGUCUAAGAUCACUUGACAGUAUUACUACUAGGCUAGCCUAGAUCUAGAAAUCUAUUUAUCUUGUGAGGGCCUUAUAAUAGAUCUACACAAAGUAACACAUUUACAAUCAUGCCACCCAAACCGAAAGGAGGUGGUGGCGCAAAAGGAGGCAAAAGUAAAGGUGCUGAUUCGGGAGCAGAGGGUGAAAGCAAAACUUCCAAAGGAGGCACGGCUGUGAAGGUUCGUCAUAUACUCUGUGAGAAGCAAUCAAAGGCUUUGGAAGCUUUAGAGAAGCUUAAGGCUGGUAUGAAGUUUAAUGAAGUUGCAGCACAGUACAGUGAAGAUAAAGCUAGACAAGGGGGAGACUUGGGUUGGAUGACUAGAGGCAGCAUGGUAGGACCUUUUCAAGAUGCAGCAUUUGCCCUUCCCAACAGUACCACAGACAAACCACACUAUACAGAUCCUCCAGUGAAAACAAAGUUUGGUUAUCAUAUUAUAAUGGUCGAAGGAAAAAAAUAGCAGAAAUUGUUAAAAUGUUGGUAUUUUAAAAGUUGUAAUUGUACAUAAUUAUUUUCUCCAAAUAAUAAAAUGUUAAAAUUAAA